AACUGAAGAUUUGAAAAACAUUUUUACAGGAAAGUAUGAUGUCCAUGUUAAAUGGAAUGGACGACACAUCCCAAAGAGYCCCUUCAGAGUUGAAGUUGCUUCUGAUCUUGAUUCUCGCAARGCRUAUGCAGAAGGACCUGGUCUUGCACCAACUGGUGUCGUUGCUGGAAAGUACACUGAGUUUACWGUCCACACAAAGGGUGCAGGUGAAGGAAAAGUUACUGUCAAAGUGAUUGAUCCACGUGGAGGUGAAGAUGUUGAUGUCAUUGUKGAACCACAAGARGAUGGCAAAUAUCUGGUUGAGUACCARCCUGUAAAUGCUGGMAAACAUACCAUCAAGGUUAUGUUUGGUGGCCAGCCCAUUCAAGGCAGCCCAUUCCAUGUCAAUGUUAGUCCACCUAAGAUUGAUCCUAUACCAUCUAAGGUCAAAGUAUUUGGACCUGGUAUACAGCCAACUGGAGUUAAAGUUGGUAUGCGUGCUCCAUUCACUGUGGAUACAAGAGGAGCAGGAGAUGGUGAACUUGAUGUCUUUGUGGAAGGUCCACUUGGAGAGGAGAAAGUCGACAUCAAGAACAAACAGGAUGGCACCUAUGAAUGUGUGUAUCAUCCACAGAAGUUUGGCCAGUAUGUUGUGACUGUUACUUGGAGUGCUGUUCAAGUGCCAAAGAGUCCAUUCCAUGUCAAAGUUGCUCCAGCAGUUGACGCAAGUAAGAUCCGUGCAUAUGGUCCUGGCCUGGAAAAAGGUGUUGCUGGAAAGCCUUGCCACUUUACUGUGGAGACCAAAGGAGCUGGUAUCGACAGUCUUGGAUUUGCUGUGGAGGGUCCUGCCCAAGCUGAGAUCAAGUGUGUUGACAGAGGUGAUGGCAAGUGUGAUGUCACCUACUAUCCUACUAUUCCUGGAAAAUAUGCUGUGCAUGUGACAUGUGGUGAUGAUGAUAUUCCCAAGAGUCCAUUUAUGGUACCGAUUUCACCUGCUGGUGAUGCCUCUAAGGCAUAUGCCAAGGGACCUGGUCUUGAGCCACAGGGUAUUUGUGCAGGUGCCCCAGCYGAGUUCACAGUGUUCACUAAAGAUGCCGGCGAUGGUGAUGUUGAUGUCAAAGUGAUGGAUGGCAGUGGCAAGAAAGUACCAGUAGAAAUUGUUGACAACAAAGAUGGUACCCACGCCGUGACUUACUAUCCAGAUAAACCAGGCACAUACACUGUAACUGUACAUUUCAAUGACCAACCCAUCCCUAAGAGCCCCUUCAAGGUCAAUGUUGGCAAAACCAACCCAGCGAAAUGCCGUGCCUAUGGUCCAGGUUUGGAGAAAGGCUUUGUCAACCAAGUCAACAAAUUUAAGAUUGAAACUAAAGGUGCUGGUGAAGGAGGUCUUGGGCUCACCAUUGAAGGGCCAUCAGAAGCUAAAAUUGAAUGCAAAGACCUUGGUGAUGGUUCUUGUGACGUGGAUUACUGGCCAAAUGAACCUGGUGAUUACAUGAUCAACAUCCUCUUUGCUGACCAACACAUUCCAGGCAGUCCAUUCAARGCCAGGAUAACACAUCCAUUUGAYCCAACCAAAGUUAAGGUUGAGGGUCCUGGAAUUGAGCCAGGAAUUCGUGCAGGGGAACCAGCWGAUAUUGAUAUUGACACUCGUCUUGCUGGGGAUGCUCCUCUUGAAGUCACUGUUGUUGACGAGCUUAACUCUCCAGUCAAAUGCGACAUUGAAGAAGAAGAAUUUGGACUUCAUGCUGUCACUUACUUCCCACAGAAGAAAGGAAAUCACAAAGUCAAUGUCAAGUACGGCUCAAAGCAUGUUCCUGGAAGUCCUUUCAAAGUCCCAAUCUCGCCCUCAUCGGAUUCUUCUAAAGUCAAAGUGUCAGGACCUGGCGUCGAACCUCACGGAGUUGAACCAAAUAAACCAACUUAUUUCAACAUUGCUUGUGAAGGAGCUGGUAAAGGAGACGUCCACGUUGGCGUAGAACCAGCAGCUAAAGGACUCAAACCAGUUGAAAAUAUCACAGUAAAAGAAGAAGCCAAAGAUCUUUUUAGAUGUGAAUACGUCGCGCCCAGUGAAGGACCAUACAAUGUCAAUGUGUCGUUCGCCGACAAGCCUGUCCCUAAAAGCCCUUUCAAGGUCAAUGUACAAAAGAAAGGUGACGCUGGCAAGUGCAAAGCUCAGGGAGAUGGUUUGGAAACCGCCACUAUUGAUAUGCUGGCAGAGUUUGAUGUUGAUUGCUCAAAAGCAGGUGAUGGACAGCUCAUGGCUACAGUAACCAAUCCCUCUGGCGCCCACACAGACACUCUAGUAACAGACAACGAAGAUGGCUCAUAUAGUGUGUCCUACACACCAUUUGAAGAAGGAAUUCACAAUUUGGAUGUGAAAUUUGCUGAUGAACAUAUUCCAGGAAGCCCUUUCAAGGUUGAUGUGUUACCUCCAACAGACGCGUCCAAAUGCAAAGCAUAUGGCCCUGGCCUGAAGAGUGCAGAAUUGAACAAACCUGCUAACUUCACUGUGGAAACCAUAGGUGCCGGAGCUGGUGGCUUAAGUCUUGCUAUCGAAGGACCAUCAGAAGCAAAACUUACUUGYACUGACAAUGGCGAUGGAACAUGCGCCGUAAACUACGUCCCAGUAGAAGAGGGAGAUUACGAUAUACACAUCAAGUUUGCAGAAGAACAUAUUCCCGGUAGCCCCUUCACUGCUAAAGCAGGGAAACCCAUAGAUCCAUCUAAAGUAAAGGUUCAUGGCCCUGGAGUUGACACAGAUAAUCCAUUAUUUUCAAAAGCACCACAGCAAUUCACAGUUGAUACGACCGAA